AUGGUGGAGCCACGCCGUGGCUUCUGCCGUCGAGAGAGAAUACUGUCCCGCGCUGGAAUGCAGCGCCCGCCGAGAGAAGCCUGUACAUCCCUGUCCCGGGAGGUAAUCCGCUUACCGGGCUUGUCGCGGCGAGUUUUCCGCUACGUGGACGGUCCGCGCCUCGGGAGUGUUCCGUCUUCUGCCACUCUCGCCCCGUCGCGUCGGCCCGACGACACCUCUCCCUCCGCUUGCGCUGCCCCGGGCCCCGUGUCUCCGGCGAGCUCCAGGGAACAGCGCGGGGAUAAGUGCAUCAGCGUCGCUCGACGGUCACAAAGAGUGCUUAUCACCCUCCACAAGGGCCAACUCCGGGGGAACCGCAGGUUCGGCGGAGAUACCUCGAGUCACGUGGUGUUCCUCGGGCCGGUGUUCGCGCCUCGUCACGUGAUGUGCGCUCACACGACUGUCGCGACCCCGCCGCCUAUCACAGACGAAGGGAAUCCUGAACCUACGGGGAAGGGGGGACCCUUCUUCCGGCCGGGCAUCGCGGCGAUACUCUUCACUUACCAGAGACCAACACCUUCACCACAGGUCAGCGAAGCCGGGGACGGCUUGCAACGAGGAAGCCGACUAGGAAACAGACGAGGAAGCAGCCAAGGAAGCGCAACUAAGGAAGCAGAUGAGGAAGCAGACGAGGUAGCAGACGAAGAAGCAGACGAGGAAACAUACGAGGAAACAUACGAGGAACCAUACGAGAAAGUAGAUGAAGAAGCAGACGAGAAAGCAGACGAGGAAGCAGACAAAGAAAUAGAUGAGGAAGCUGUCGAGGAAGCAUCUAAGGAAGCAGACGAGGAAGCAGACGAGAGAGAAGACGAGGAAGGAGACGAGGAAGGAGACGAUGAAGCAGACGAGGAAGCAGACAAAGAAAUAGACGAGGAAGAACAGUCGAGGAAGCAUCUAAGGAAGCAGACGAGGAAGCAGACGAGAGAGAAGACGAGGAAGGAGACGAGGAAGGAGACGAUGAAGCAGACGAGGAAACGAGGAAGAACAGUCGAGGAAGCAUCUAAGGAAGCAGACGAGGAAGCAGACGAGAAAGAAGACGAGGAAGGAGACGAGGAAGGAGACGAGGAAGCAGACGAGGAAGCAGACAAAGAAAUAGACGAGGAAGAACAGUCGAGGAAGCAUCUAAGGAAGCAGACGAGGAAGCAGACGAGAAAGAAGACGAGGAAGGAGACGAGGAAGGAGACGAGGAAGCAGACGAGGAAACGAGGAAGAACAGUCGAGGAAGCAUCUAAGGAAGCAGACGAGGAAGCAGACGAGAAAGAAGACGAGGAAGGAGACGAGGAAGGAGACGAGGAAGCAGACGAGGAAGCAGACAAAGAAAUAGACGAGGAAGAACAGUCGAGGAAGCAUCUAAGGAAGCAGACGAGGAAGCAGACGAGGAAGGAGACGAGGAAGGAGACGAGGAAGCAGACAAAGAAAUAUACGAGGAAGAACAUCGAGGAAGCAUCUAAGGAAGCAGACGAGGAAGCAGACGAGAAAGAAGACGAGGAAGGAGACGAGGAAGGAGACGAGGAAGCAGACGAGGAAGCAGACAAAGAAAUAGACGAGGAAGAACAGUCGAGGAAGCAUCUAAGGAAGCAGACGAGGAAUAAGACGAGAAAGAAGACGAGGAAGGAGACGAGGAAGGAGACGAGGAAGCAGACGAGGAAGCAGACAAAGAAAUAG